AUGGAGGAGCCCUCUCAGGGCGUCGGCGCCCCUGCGCAACCGCCGCCAGCGCCCGAACUGAAGCAAGAGUCUCCUUCGUUGCCGAAGGACUUCGAACUGUCGCCCCAAGCUACAAAACGACCCCUCGAACCGGCGCCCGAGCAGGAAGAUGGGGAUCCCAAACGGCUCAAGCUGGGCGAGGACCCAAUGUCUGAUGCGAUUGAGAUGGAACUCGACCUCGAGGCCAUGGUUCAGGACGUGCUCGGCGACAUAGACAACCAGAUGAGUAGGUUCGGCGGCAUGGACGGCACUUCCGGGGGCGACAUGAACCUCGACAUGGGACCUGUGGACCCCCCACCACGAGAUACGACAGAGCCAACGAUUACCUUCCUCGACAGCCCGAUCCAGGCAGUUCGAGCUGCCAGUCUGCCUGCAUUGUCGCACUUUGCCCUUCAAAUCCUCAUCAUCGUAUCCCAGCAACACUCCCCGCACAGCCUGUCCAGCGCGAUACGGACGCACGAUUCGGAAGCGGCUACCUCAUGGGUCGCACUGAAGAACCUCUUCACAAGUACGCGGCAGCUCUUUUCGCAAACCGAUCCAGUUUUACACUCAGACUUUUUCGGAUCAAUAUGCUCCACCGACGAGCUGCGGCUUGCGAACCUCGCCAGCAUCUGCUGUUCGCUGACGUCUACCGGCCGCGAUGCUGAUACAAUAGAUCGGCGCGAGCUCUACAAGAGCUUCUUCUCCAUUCUGCUCCGCGACGGUAGCGAAUUGUCAAAUGUCGUUUCUGAUCUCUUCGUUGCGGCCAAGACGCAAGCUAUCAUUGAUUCCGUGGCCAAGGGUGUUCAGGAGACGCCAAUAGACCAGAUUAUCGAAGAGGCCUUCCCAUCGAGCCUGGAGCAGAACCUGAAAAGUCGACACGGAGGGUCCGACCUCACGCAAGUAGAGCAGGCCCUGGUGACGCUGGCGUACGGUCGAAAGGAAGCGCUGUUCAAGCAGAUCGCGGAGGGCCUAGACGAAGGCAAUCUGAGAUCGACGUAUGAGAACGAGGAGCUGUUUCGACUUCUUGGCUCAUACCUCUCCGAUGAACUUCAGCACUUUGCGCACAUUGCUACCAAAUACAGCGUUCAGCUGCCGAUGAGGGAACCCAUCCACCUCGACAUCCCCGACGACGUGUCCGAGAUGGACGAACAGGCUCUCUCCUCUCUUCUCGAAGCGACAGACGGCCUGGUAGCGCAGUACUUGCCGAACGGCGGCGUCGAAGUGGCCAACGAGCCUGCAGUUCCAACCACCGAGGGUAGCAUUCCGCCGGCAGAACCGCAGACGAAUGGGGGCGAAACCACGACUGUGACGGCACCGCCAGCUCAGAACGGCACGACAGACCACUCACAUGAGACGCACGACCUGUUUGCGGAAAUCGAGCAUCAGACUCAGGAAUACGUGCGCACAACACUGAGCAACCUGUCGCCUGCGCCGUAUCAACCGACUGUGCCUGCGCCGACGGGAUCGACGAUGGUCCAAACACCGUACCUGUCACACUUGCAUCAAACGCAAAAUCACCCGCCACCACCCACACACUACUACGGCUACCCACCGCUGGACCCAAAUCAGAACCUGGAGACAGAAGAGUCCGGGCCCUUGCCUCCGAGCCAGUCUCUACCCAGCGCUAUGCUCUACGACCGUGCACGUCAGGCCGCGCUGUCAAAGAACACGAAUCCCCAACGACGCGAAGGCGGCAGCUCCACUCGAAGGCCAUGGUCUCAGGAGGAAGAAAAGGCGCUCAUGACGGGAUUGGACAAGCUGUUCUUCCUGAAGUCGAAUUCCGAAAUGCCAUACUACCUCCAAGCGGUCACGGGUGAGCUGAAGACUCGUGCACCGGGACAAGCGGCCCGGAAGGAGGCCGAGGAGAAGGCACGACAGACGUCCGAGGAGGCUCAAGUUCGUGGGCAAGGCAACAUACCCAUCGCCAGCAACAUUCAGUCAUCACCGCACAGCCACCAAAAGACAAAUUCGGUGACCCAUCACGGCUUCCACUCGCUCAAUCACGCGGUACAGGCGCCCGCCAGCCCAUACACCCCCGUCGCUCCGCUGGCGGCAAGCGCCCAGACGCAUGCGUCGUCGCCGAUCACGAACGCGUUACCGGCGCCCGCGAUGCAGAGUCCUGUGAAGCCGGAGACCCAAACGUCCUAUACCCCUCCAGUGACCAUGUCGACACCGCAGCCGACGCACCCUCAACUGCCAUCGCAGCCCUAUACACCAACAUUACCGCAAGCUCCAUCUCAGAACUCGGCACCAUACACACCGACGCAUUCCUACACACCACCGCAACCGGCUCCCACGGACUCGCCACACGUCAAAUCCGAGCCGCUGCCACAAUAUGACUACAUGGCGCAACAGCAGCAGCAGCAGCCGCAACAGCAACAACAACAGCAACCGCAACAGCAGCAGCAGCAGCCACAGGAGCCGCAGCAGCCGCAGUAUCACCAGCAGCCUUCGCAAGAACCGCAAAUGCCGGUCACUGCGGUGGACCAGAUGCCAACGGCGGCCAUGUACUCAGGGCUCGACGAUAAUGACGACCUCAAGGAUGCAGCACUCAUGCAGAGUCUCCGCGAGCUGGAGGCUUACAGCGGCACGAGCGUCUCCUAG